GCCGCCCCACCGUGGUUUUGCAACAAAUUACAAGGUUGGUAGAAUGUAUCUUCAUAAUAAAUUUAAAAAGCAAAGUUGUGUAUGUUACCUAAUAUUUUGUCUGUACAUUGUACAUACAAGAAUUUUGUAUGGAGAUAUGUGUAAAUUGUUGCAUAUAAAAGCAGAUUUGGAAGUUCAAGAAGCUCUAAUUGAGUAGCUAAACUGAAAAAACUUUGGGAUAGAUAGCCACCCCUUAGCUUAAGGUAUCGAAUCCAAGAGUCCUGUCUAUGACUAUCUUUUAAAAAAUUAAACUUAUUUUAACACCAUUAGUGUAUAGAUCCAAGAUAUUCACCAGCAAAACUCUUAUUUAAUUAAGCAUUCUAUGCAGGAUUAAGGUGCUAUUGGCAUAAUGCCAACUACUAUGAGUCAUUAUUUCUGCUUUCGAGCUUUGGCCUUAUUGCUUUGUUUACUUGCCCCUGCAAUUGGGCAGAACUUGUCGAGCUGCGAAACUACUUCUCCCGAUGCUUCUGGUUAUCGCUGCGAAAAUAAUAAUAAUGCAUCAGAAACUCAUUGCAAGACAUUUGCAAUUCUUUUCACCAACUCUUACUUCUCAUCUCUUUCGAAUUUGAGCUUUUAUUUGGGUUUUAAACGGUUUUUGAUAGCUGAAGCAAACGGUUUCUCUGCUGAUACGGAGUUUCUUCCGAUAAAUCAGCCUUUGUUGCUACCAAUAGACUGUAAAUGCAAUGGAAGUUUCUUUCAGGCUGAUGUUACCAAGAUUACCAUUAAAACGGAGAGUUUUUAUGGUAUAGCUGAGUCAUUGCAAGGCUUAACAACUUGCAGAGCCAUUCAAGAAAGAAACCUCGGCGUUUCGCAGUGGAAUCUUGCGGACAAGGCACGCUUAUUAGUCCCAUUAAGGUGUGCUUGUUCAUCUUCAACAAGGUUCUUGGUGACUUAUCCGGUAAGACCAGGCGAUACAGUCUUGAAUUUAGCCGUUAAGUUUAACACUUCUGUCGAAGCUAUUAUAUCAGAAAACAGCAGAUUGUUAAUAAAUUUUAAACCUGAGAGCCUCGCGCCUCUUACGUCUCUUCUGAUUCCGCUUAAUAGUGAGCCUGCGCUUGGUCCUCUGGCCAAACCCCACGAGCCAAAUUCGCGUUUUCACGGAAGCAGCAUUCCGGAACUUAAUCCACAUAAGAAGAAGAAGAAGUCAAAAAUGUGGAUGACAGGAAUUUACAUUGCUGUUACAGGAGUUGUAGUUGGAGCCACCAUUGCUAUUGUAGCAGCUUUUUUUAUUAUUCAGCUGAAGAAGAAGCAGCAGCAGCAGAGGAGUUCGAGCAAAGACAGGGAUCCAGAGCUUCAACAACUUAGUUUAAGUAUAAGAACUACAAGCGAAAAGAAAGUCUCGUUCGAGCAGGAACCUUUUGAUGCUCCAAUUAUCUUCGAUAGUACUACUACGCCUCGUAAACGGAAGGUUCUUGUGGAAUACUUUUCUGUAGAAGAGCUGAGAAAAGCAACUGAAGAUUUCAGUUCUAGUAAUCUUAUAGACGGCUCUGUAUACCAUGGCCGUCUCAACGGGAAGAACAUGGCGAUAAAACGUAUAAAAUCGGUAACUAUGUCAAAAAUCAAUUUCAAUCUUUUAAACAAUGCAACUCAAAAUCAUCCCAACAUAAUUAGAGUUUUGGGGACAUGUUUAAGCGAGGAUCCUGAUUCUUUUUUGGUGUUUGAGUAUGCUAAAAAUGGAUCUUUGAAAGAUUGGCUUCACGGCGGAUUAGCGAUGAAGAAUCAGUUCAUCGCAUCCUGCGAUUGUUUCUUGACAUGGAAGCAGAGACUAAAGAUAUGCCUUGAUGUAGCAGUAGCGUUACAGUACAUGCAUCAAAUCAUGAAUCCGAGUUACGUUCAUAAAAACGUGAAGAGCCGGAAUAUAUUUCUGGAUGAAGAGUUCAAUGCAAAGAUUGGAAAUUUCGGAAUGGAAAAUUGCACAGAAGAUGAUGAUGAUCAAGGCCUAGUUUCACCAAGUAUCGACAUAUUCGCUUUCGGCGUUGUUCUGAUUGAGGUUUUAUCAGGAAAAACACCAGCACGACAUGAUAAAAUCAAGUCUAUACUAUCAUCAGAAGAUGUUGAUGAACUAAGGGAAUGGAUGGAUAAGGCGAUGGGCGAAAACUAUUCGUUUGAUGAAGCCGUAACAUUAGCUAAUCUGGCACAUUCUUGUGUCGAAAAAGAGGUCCAUUUGAGGCCUAACGCAGGAGUAAUUGUGGAAGAACUGUCAAGACUAGUCGAACAUUCAUCAGAAGGAGAGCACAUCUCGAUCUGCGAAAGCUCGUCGAAACCUCUAGUGAAGAAGGAAGCAGCAGUAGAAGCAGUUCUAUGAGUAAUUUAUGUUAGUUUUAUUGCAUUUUGUGUAUAUGUAAUUAAGAAAAUGAGUGAAACAUAGCAAGCUAUAAUAA